AAAAGUAUCGCAAAUCGGCAAAAGCGGCAUGUGCCAGAGUACACGAGGAGCGCCGUCUGCCAACACGACCUGCCGCCCGUUGAGCACCUACAUAUUUAGCCUGGAAUCCUCGACCGUCAUAAAGAAAAAACUUGGCUCUAAAUGGCAUCACAUCGUAAUCUAUAUUCGAUCACAAGUUGAACAUUUAACGUUAUGUCCUGUUGCGAGGGAGUCGAUAGUAUCGAACGUUCUCCUGGCACUGGUUGUUGUGGAACGAAGUGUACGGUCGGAUCAAGUGGAUGUUCCACUUUAGAAUCUCGUAUUCGUUCUUGCCAUUGUCAAAAUAACGUCGGUUGUUUGGAUCGUAAUGAUUGUGGCGGAUUUCGUCCUAGCGGUACUGCAGCUACAGGCGCAUGUCCAGGACCGUGUCAAUGCUUAGAGGAGGAAAUCUGGAAUAGUAACGUUCCACCUAAGCCGAAUUGCGAGUGGUUAAGCAACUUCUCUGAGCUCCGACGGCAGUGGAGCAAUCAUGCUCGUCAACAGAACUGCAAGUGUUGCAACUGUCGAUCAUGGUAGGUAAUCCUGUGUGAAAACAAAGAGGUAAUUCAUUUCGCAAUUAAUUUUUGAAGCAAAUGAAGAAAAUUGUUUCGUCGACAUGUUAUUAUAUAUAUGAUAGAUAAAGGAUGUUGAACGGUAAGGAUCGAAUUAAAGAUUGUCUGCUAUUUUUUUCAUUAUUUUUUAUUCGUAAUUUCAUUAUAUACUUCGUUCGAUUCGAUUCGCAGUAGAACUGUCGCCCCCUGUCGACCGUGCUUACCGACAACGCUUUGCACUUCCGGCUUCGUCGUACCUUCAUCGGACUGUCAGGUAUACCGAGGUAGAAGCACGUCGAAUGGACCAGAUUCCUUUCACUAAAGCGA